AUGCGAAUAGAAACAAUUGAAAAUCCUUUACAAAGUCCUCUUCCAUGUGGAUUAAAUACUUUAAAAGAUAAUGUUUACCCAGGAAAACUUCAUGAUCCUAAUUUUAUAAACGUCCUGUUGAAAUGUAGAGAUUUGUAUUGCCAAUCCUUUUUGGACGAAACUGAGCUGAAGCGAGCAAUUCAUGGCGUAAAGUUGGUUCAAAAACAGCAGCAAAAUCAUUUCCCAAAACAUGGGUAUUGGAAAAUUCAUGCCUCUCAUCAUGAUAAUCAUAAAAACCUCAUAAUUCCACAAAGUUGGAUGCAUGAUACCCCACAUAUGAAACUUCUAUUCCAUAGGUUACAAAACCUUCCAGAUGGUGACUUUUUAUUAAGCCAUGAUGUUAUGAAUGGAAUGGGCUACUUUUUUAGCGGUGGCAUUGCUGGCAUCGUGUCUCGUACGUGCACAGCUCCCUUGGAUCGUUUAAAAGUAAUGUUGAUUUCCGAUACAUGUUCAAAGCCAUCUUCCAAAUAUCCGUUCUCUACAUUAUUACAUACUAGUAAGAGUCUUUACAGUCGAAGUGGAAUUCGAGGUUUUUUUGUAGGGAAUGGCAUCAACGUUUUAAAGGUCAUGCCAGAAUCAUCAAUAAAAUUUGGUUCAUAUGAGGCUAUGAAAACUCUUUUUGGUAUUUCUAGUACUCAACAACAUAAUCCCCUUUAUUCAUAUCUAGCAGGUGGGUUUGCCGGAACGGUUGCUCAGUUUUUUAUUUAUCCAGUCGAUACGUUAAAAUUUCGGAUUCAGUGCAGUGAUUAUAGUAUCCAAAAAGCAGGACAAAGUGUUGUUUUUGAAAAUAUGAAGCAGUUGUAUAAAUCGCAUGGUGUACGAGGUUACUAUAGGGGAAUACUGAUUGGGGUACUGGGUAUGUUCCCCUACAGUGCCACGGAUUUAGGAACUUUUGAAGGCUUGAAGAAGACUUGGAUCGGUAUACUUUCAAGCAAAGACAACAUGGAUCCUCAGGAUGUAAAACUGCCAAAUGGAUUGGUGAUGGUUUUCGGCGCACUUUCCGGUAGCAUAGGAGCUACUUUGGUUUUCCCUUUGAACGUAUUACGUACACGGCUUCAGACGCAAGGCACUCCUGGUCAUCGUGCUUCAUAUAAUGGUUUCGUUGAUUGUUUUUUUAAGACCACCAAGAAGGAGGGAUUUGGAGCUUUAUAUAAGGGUUUAGCGCCUAAUUUACUCAAAGUCGCUCCUAGCGUGGCUAUUUCAUAUUUGGUAUAUGAAAAUUCAAAAAGUCUUCUGCGACUGCAAUGA